GUAUGCUUGUUCCACUCACCGGAUAACUUCGCUGGCCUGCCUCACACGAUCUACACGAGUUCGUGCGGAAAGCAAUCGGAUUGUGAAACAUUGUCGCAUACGGUCGGAAGUAACAGAUGUAUACCAAACUGCUGCACAGAGGACUUCUGUAAUGACAAAUGUGCAUUACCGUUAGAAAAUAGCACUUCUACUGCUACACCAUAUUACACAUCUAAAGUAACAACAGUGACUCCACCUACAUCAACUGCACUGCCACUGACCAAACGUUGUCAAAACGAUGAUAAGUAUAUAUAUUUACAAAACUCCGAGGCAGAGUUAUGUGUUCACAUUGUGAACAGUGAUCAUAAGCACUGGGAUAGAGCACAAACAAGCUGCCAGAACGCAGGAGACAACCUUGUCGUCCUUGACAGUCAUUCUAAAGCCCUGCUGCUCAGAGGUUUCCUCGCAAAUCACUCACACGACUAUCAUAAAGAAGGCUACUGGAUAGGGGCUGAAAGGAUCUCUGAUAGAUUUGAAUGGCUGAACCACACCCCGUUGAAUGCCACCGAGGCGGACUGGGAUUCAGACCAUCCUGAUAAUAAAGAAACACAUAACAGGGUCUGUGUGAGCAUGCACAAAGACUCCAGACACACAGACCAGAGCUACAAGUGGCAUGACCAUGAAUGUACAGAAAAAAUUUACAAUUAUAUAUGUGAAAAAGUGUGAAUUGUUUGAAGUAAUGAAAUUGUGAUACGUAUUAUAUACGGUGUAUUUAUUAAUAUUUCUACACGUACUGGGUCACAAUAUUACCUUUUAGAUUUUCAUAUAAGUCUAAUUUUAAAAGUAAACUGAAACUUUUUUUCUUUCCUUAAACAUCACUUUAAAUAAGAUUUCAUAUCUGCAGAUGUGUGGCAUUUCGAAUAGGUAGAAAAAGUAACAAAUGUUCUAAUUUUAUUAGAAAUGUUUAUUAUUACAUAAUAUACUAGUAAACAAUUAUCAGUCACAUUUUUGAUAAUAUAUACAAAUUUGUUGAAUUGUUAGACAUUGUUCUCUUUUGUUAUGAUAGUCAUGUGUUUAAAAUAACAGAACAAUAAUAAUAUAUGUCCCUUCUACAAGAACCUCUGACCAAAUGUCUUCUUUAUCCGAAACGUUUAUUAUUUCACAUUCAUAAUAAAAAUAUUUGCGAACUAUUAAAAUUUAGUAAGGUUCCUCUUUUGU